AUGGACUUCACACUGGCAGAUGCCAUCAACCUUGAGUGCAAAGCCAACAGGACCAACACGAAGACUGAGAUGCAGGAGCUCAAUGACAGGUUCUCCAACUUCAUAGACAAGGUCUGCUUCUUGGAGCUGCAGAAUAAAAUCUUGUUGGCCAAAUUGGAGCAGCUGAAGGGCAAGGGUAUCUCCAGGGUGGGGGAUCUGUAUGAAGAGGAGAGGAGGGACCUUUGCAGGCAGGUGGACCUCCUCACCAAUGAGAAAGAACGUGUGGAAGUGGAGAGGAACAACCUGGGUUCCUCCAAAGGCCUAUCGCCGGGAGGAAGGCAGGGUGACACCAUAUAUUACUGCACCAGGUGA